AUCCGUUUAACUUCUUCGACGAGUGUUACGUACCAACGUUUUUUGAUUUCAUCGGUGGACCAAUCACGAGCACCCACGAUUUACGGGGUGUUUGUUGUAACGUCUGCUGCGAUGGCAGCGAUUAAAUAUAUUUCGGUGUUUUUUAUAAUUUUUGCAAUAUGUAUAGUCAUUACAUUAGCAGGAAGGGAUUUUUACAACAUCCUCAGUGUUCCACGUAGCGCAAGCACAAAUGCAAUAAAAAAAGCUUAUAGGAAAUUAGCAAAGGAAUUGCAUCCAGAUAAAAAUAAAGAUGAUCCAGAUGCUUCCCAAAAAUUUCAAGAUUUGGGAGCUGCUUAUGAAGUACUCUCAGAUCCUGAAACAAGAAAAAUGUAUGAUCGAUGUGGAGAAGAAUGUGUGAAGAAAGAUGGCUCGAUGGAUAAUUCCAAUCCUUUUGCAAGCUUCUUUGGAGACUUUAGUUUUCAUUUUCCUGGAGAUUCUAAUCAUCAACAGGAAACACCUAGAGGUUCUAACGUCGUAGUUGAUUUAUCUGUCACGCUCGAAGAAUUAUACAGUGGCAAUUUUAUUGAAAUAACAAGAAAUAAAGUGGUUGCAAAAGCUGCCAAAGGGACAAGAAAGUGUAAUUGUAGACAAGAAUUUGUAACAAUUAAUUUAGGAAAUGGUAGAUUCCAAAUGAUGCAGCAACAAAUUUGUUCGGAAUGUCCAAAUGUUGAAUUUGUAAAUGAAGAACGAAUCUUGGAAGUAGAAGUUGAACCUGGAAUGGUAGAUGGACAAGAAACUAAAUUCACUGCUGAAGGAGAGCCACAUCUUGAUGGUGAACCAGGAGAUUUGAUAUUGAAAAUUAAAACAGAUCCACAUCCAGUUUUUGAAAGAAUUGGGGAUGAUUUAUAUACAAAUGUAACUAUUUCAAUGCAAGAUGCUUUAAUAGGUUUUACUAUGGAUAUAAUACAUUUGGAUGGACGUAAAGUGACUAUUCAAAGGGAUAAAAUCACUAGACCAGGUGCAAGGAUCAGGAAAAAAGGAGAAGGCAUGCCUAACUAUGAAAAUAACAAUCUUCGUGGUACUCUGUACAUUACAUUCGAUAUUGCAUUCCCUGACAAAGAGUUUUCAAGUGAACAAAAAGAAGAAAUUAAAAAACUUCUACAACAGAAUCCUGUGAAUAGAGUGUACAAUGGAAUAAAAAGAAAUAGAUACCCAAAUAUAAUGUAAAUACAAAAUAACACUGCAUAGUGUGCUACAUACAUAAUUGAAACUGUAAUGCCAUUGAAUGUUUAUAUAUUUGUGUAAUAGAGCGGAGUAUUUGACUAUCGAAAAUACCAACAGGAUUGGUAAAAAAAACUCUUAGUUCAGAUCAAAUGAAACGUGCAUAGUCCAAUCAAUUUAAUUAUUAUAUGCACAUGUACUUCCUCUUUAAUCAUAGAAGACUGUUUAUGUAUGAUUUCUAGUAUCAAUGAUUCAAAAUAAUGAAAGUAAUUAUUAAACGAUUAUUUAAAUAA